AUGCAAUAAUUAUAGAUUUAAUUGCAAAAUUCUCUUAAUUAACUCAAUGAGAAUAAUUAGAAAUUCUUAGAAUUAAUAUUUCCAUAAUAAAACACAACUAAAUCAUUAAAAAAGCAAAAAAUAUAAACAGAUAAAUUUACAUAAACAAUUGAUAUGAAUCAACAGCAUUAAAAAACAUCUGCUCUUAUAGAGUUUAAUUAAAAUUAACUAGAUGUCAUUGAUGAUAUGAUUAAAGAAUUUGAAUUUAAAAUAUCCUAAUAAUUAGAAUAACAAUAAUUUGAUCAAUACAAAUAGCGAAUUUCAUAAUAAUAAUUAGAAAUAAAUAAUCUAAAGAAAAAAUUAUAAUCUAGAUUAGAUUCUAAAUAUGGCCCUAAUCAUUUAGAAGUUGAAAUAAAUAAAAAAGAAAUUCUAAAAUAUUAAAAAAUGAUCAAAAAACAAUAAAAAGAAAAUUAAGACUUAAAUCAGUUAAAUUAAUAGUAUGAAAUAGCUGAAAAUGCUCUUCAAUCAAUUUAAUAAUCUAAAACACUUUGA